GCGCUAUGAGCCAUGAAGCCGCCCGGCAGCAACUCCCUGCGGCAGCCUGGCUGCGGCGGCCGCCGCCGCCCCGCGCUCCUGCCGCUCCUCGGCCGCCUCGUCUCGCUGCUCCUGCUCUUCCAUGGCUCCUGUGUCCCCCGGGCCCGCGCGGCUGCAGCGGCCGCCGGCCUGCACUGGAAUGAAACAGCAAGCGGUAUAGAGGAAGUACUGGCAGAUGAAGAGAGUACAUUUCAACAGAGUAACAGCAGUAACAGUAAAAAUAACAGCUACAGCAAUGCAAUCCAGAAAGAAAUCACACUGCCUUCAAGACUAAUCUAUUACAUCAACAGAGACUCUGAGACCCCUUACCAUAUCCUGGAUACCAGGGCAAGGCACCAGCAGAAACAUGACAAGGCUGUACAUCUGGCCCAGGCAAGUUUCCAGAUUGAGGCCUUUGGCUCUAAAUUCAUCCUUGACCUCACACUGAAUAAUGACUUGCUAUCUUCCAAUUAUGUGGAGAUCCACUAUGAAGAUGGAAAACCAAAAUUUUCUAAGGGGGGAGAGCAUUGUUACUACCAUGGAAAUAUCAGAGGUGUGAAGGAUUCUAAAGUUGCUCUUUCAACUUGUAAUGGACUUCAUGGCAUGUUUGAAGACAGUACUUAUUUGUACUUGAUAGAACCAAUGGAUCUGACCCACACUGCAGAAAGUAAAAGUAGGCCACAUGUCAUCCAAAGAACUUAUGGAACACAAGCUUCCAAGCAGUUACGGGACCUUGAGACUGACUCUAGUUCUGAAUGGCCUUUUCUAUCUGAACUUCAGUGGCUGAGGAGAAGGAGAAGAAAGAGAGCAUUAUCUCGUGGUGUCUUUGAAGAAAUGAAAUAUCUGGAGCUCAUGAUAGUAAAUGACCAUAAAAUGUUCAAAAGGCACCGUUCUUCAACUGCAUACACAAACAAUUUUGCAAAGUCUGUGGUAAACCUUGUAGAUGCUAUAUACAAGGAGCAGCUGAACACCAGGGUGGUGCUGGUGGCUGUGGAGACCUGGACAGACAGAGACCGCAUUAACAUUCACCCCGACCCCCUGCAGAUGCUGCACGACUUCUCCAAGUACCGGCAGCACUACAUCAAGCAGCACGCGGAUGCUGUGCACCUGCUCUCGAAUGUGACAUUUCAUUACAAAAGGAGCAGCUUAAGUUACUUUGGAGGUGUUUGCUCUGUGGCCAGAGGAGUUGGAGUGAAUGAGUAUGGCCUCCCUUUGCCCAUGGCACAGGAACUAGCACAGAGUCUUGCUCAGAAUCUUGGAAUACAAUGGGAGCCAGCUGCCAGGAAACCGAAGUGUGACUGCACUGAAUCCUGGGGUGGUUGCAUCAUGGAGGAAACAGGGGUAUACCAUUCCAGGAAAUUCUCCAAAUGCAGCAUUGCAGAAUACAAAGAAUUUUUACUUCGUGGGGGCGGUGCCUGUCUUUUUAACAGGCCAACAAAGCUCUUUGAAGUCACCGAGUGUGGAAAUGGAUAUGUAGAAGCAGGAGAAGAAUGUGAUUGCGGUUUUCGAAUGGAAUGCUAUGCAGACUGUUGUAAGAAGUGUUCUCUUUCUAAUGGAGCUCAUUGUAGUGAUGGACCCUGCUGUAAUACAUCGUGUCUUUUUUUCCCACGAGGUUAUGACUGUCGAUACGCAGUGAACGAGUGUGACAUUGCAGAGUUCUGCACUGGGGAUUCUGGACAGUGCCCACCAAAUCUUCAUAAACAAGAUGGGUAUGCCUGUGAUUCUAAUCAGGGUCGUUGCUAUAAUGGUGAAUGCAAGACAAGAGACAAUCAGUGCAAAUAUAUCUGGGGAUCUAAGUCUUCAGGAUCUGACAAAUUUUGUUAUGAAAAGCUAAAUACAGAAGGCACAACAAAAGGAAACUGUGGAAAGGAUGGAGACCGAUGGAUUCAGUGCAGCAAACAUGAUGUUUUCUGUGGCUUUUUGCUCUGUACCAAUCUUACUAGAGUUCCACGAGUUGGUCAAGUUCAAGGGGAAAUUAUCCCAAAUUCUUUUUAUCAUCAAGGACGCAUAGUGGACUGCAGUGGUGCUCAUGUUCUUUUAGAUGAUGAUACAGAUUUAGGUUAUGUGGAGGAUGGAGCUCCAUGUGGACCUCAGAUGAUGUGUCUGGACAAAAAGUGCCUGCCAAUCCAGUCCUUGAACAUAAGCAGCUGUCCCAUUGGUUCCAAUGGAAAAGUCUGUUCUGGUCAUGGGGUUUGUAGUAAUGAAGCCACUUGCAUUUGUAAUUUCUCCUGGGCUGGGACGGACUGCAGCAUUGAUGAUCCUGUCAGGGAUACUGGUGGCAAGAAGGAUGAAGGACCCAAGGGUCCUAGUGCCACCAAUCUUAUAAUAGGCUCCAUCGCUGGUGCCAUCCUGGUAGCAGCUAUUGUCCUUGGGGGGACAGGAUGGGGCUUUAAGUAAGCAAUGCCGCAUGUCUUCUCCUCGGUGGCUCUGGCAUUUCUAUUUCUUGCUUACAUCACUCAGUUUUGAGUUCCUGCUACAAGAGUUCCAAGUUAACCCCCAGACUCUAACAGACUGCUUUGAACAGGAAAUUAUACAUGCAGUAAACAAGCAAAGAAAAUGGAUUUGAAAAUAGCAAAUGUUAUCAGGGUGCAAAGUUGAAUAACAAUAAACAAACUAGGUGAAUUCAUUAAAAUUAAAUUAACACUUAAGGAACAAGGUCUUUUUUCACCUCCUGUCCGUAGCAUUGAAGCUGAUUGAAUUGGUUAAAAAGCCCCCAAAAGAUACAUGUCAUAUUUAGAAUGUAGUAGUACUUUCAAACUGCUCAAUUUUUUGACAAGAGAUGUCAUGUAAAUGGUCAGUGGUGGAAGGAGCAGAGUAGUUUUCAGGAGCAACUGUGUUGACAUAGUUGACUCUGGAAUAGUAGACCUAACUUGUUUGUGGUUACUGAUUUUUUUUUAGGUUUUUUUUUUUUUUUUGAUACACAAUUUAAAAAACAAAUUCAGGUUUAGAGAGACCAUUUUGAAAUCUUGAGCUAUUUCCUGAAAGAUGAAAGCAUUUAUCUCCUAAUUCUAGUUUGAUGUGUUUUGUAACUCUAAGGACCAACAGAUUAGUCAUUCCACUUGACUACUCUGUUAAAGCAGAGUCUUGCACAAAGGUACUUAAUUCCUACCCUUUCUGUAGAGUCCAUUCUGCCCAGAUGCAUGGCCUGUAGUAGGUAAAAAAGUUCUCGCUUUAGAAGGGAGAACUCUCUCACAGUGUUUCUAACCUAACAGAUCAUGGAAGUAAUUAAGUACAAAUGAUUUCUCAUGGCAUUUAAAGUUGCUGUUUUUUUUCAAUAAUAUGAAUCAAGGUUAAGCCAUGAUACAACAAUAAGCCAUAAUUCUUCAAGAAGAAUAAGUAGUAGUAAUAAUAAUAAUUCAAAGAAAAAUUUCUAUGGCCUCUAUUCAUAUUUCAUGUUAAAGUUGAGAAGAAAAAAUUAUUCCCUAAUUGAUUAAGGCAGUUAUCAAAGUAGAAUCUAGUGAUAAGGUCUUAACUUGUAAUUCACUUUCAAAGGUCACCUGAAAAUGUUUUACUUCUGGUUUAUACUCUUAUAUUUUUGAAGUUUCAGCUGGCCUUAAUUAACUAUGCAUAUAAGAAGGAAAAUAUUUCAAAAUCUCUUUCAGGCCUGCUGAAAGCAGCAAAUCAGGCUUUGCCCUUUCUCCUGGACAAGGCAAUUAGUCCCUAUUACAUUGCCUGUCACUGUUGGUGUUCUCAGAAAGACUUGGCCACAUUCAUUGUUCUCUCAGUGCUUGUUUGGAGGGUGCUCAUGGGAAUUAACCAACCAAGAUUCUGUUGGGGUAAAAAAAGUCUGCUUGCCCUUUUGGAUGAGUUUUCUACAGUAAGAGACAUUUGCCCAUUACCUGGCAAUUCACAGACUUGGCAGAAACAGGGUGUACAUCCCUAGAUGAUAGGUUUGUAUUGCACAGGGUAGUUUGCUGAAAACGAAAUACAUGUCAUGAAAAUAUAAAUUAGUCAGUUCUUCCUCUGAGUCCUUUCCAGCUGUCUUGUGCCCUGGCCAUCCUUGCCCUUUGUCAUCAGCACUGCAGCCCCUGCCUCCAACAGACACAGAACUUGAGAACUUGCACUAAAGAGAGGAGUAGGACAAUCCCUCCCUGUCUAAAACAAUACAGGAUGUAAUUGAUUAUUUAUUCUUUGUGUUUCACACUUCUCAAACUGCUCUCACAAGUGAUCAGCUUUGCACCCUGAUGUCAUUUGUUUGCCUAAAGGGAGAAGCUUGUUGUGCCUAUAGAGGACCUGGAAAUGUCUCCUGAAGCUCCUACUGUCACAGGAGCAAGAUACAACUGUUUAUUCUGUAGCAGAACCUCAAAGACACCGGCCUGGCCUAGCUCACAGCUUGAAGUGCAUGUUUCUUCUGGGGGCCAGAGGGGAACAGAAGAGGUUUUCAGCUUGUACACAAAGAGGGGCUAGCACAUGUAGACCCCCAAUAUUUGGAUUCAGAUAGAUCUGGAGGGACAGAUGAGGAUAAUAAAGGGAUUUUAACUUUUCCUUUUUUUAAGCAAGUGAUAUAUUUAGUCUCUGCAACUAUGAGAGAAGGUAGCUAAUGCUUUACAAACUGGGAGAUGUGAUUUCUGUUUCACAGGUUAUCAGAUGUUCAUAUGAACAUACGGUACUGUGGUGUCAAGUCCAUAUCAAACAAAUGUCAAAAAACGAAGGUUCGAUCCAACUCAGCAAGGCCCUAUCUGAAGAAAUGCCAUUCAAAAAUCUGCUUCUUGCACUACUGGAUUUUGGGUAUGAUGUCUUUGCUGUAGCUAUACAGGAACUAAAUCAGUAC